AUGCUCAACACUCAGCUGACAGAAGAAGCCAAGAAAAAUAGCACCACUGGAGCCAGCUCCAUCAUGGAGAUGUCACCAGAUUUGGUCUCAGCACCAGAGGUUGAUGGGACAGCCCAAACAAGACCUGCCAUAGAGGAGCAAGUCACACUGCCAUCUGCCAUGGCCACUGACAAGGAGCUGUUGAAGCUCCAGAAUGCUUUUCUUACUCUUUAUGAAGCUGGUUAUGCUCCCAAACUGCAGGACAUUCUAAUGCAUACCUUCACCUGA